GAGUCUAGAAGGAAAACUACUUAUGUUCACGCUCUCCAGCCAGAACUUGCUGAUCAUUAAACUCAAAACUAAGGUUUUGUGGUUGACAAAAAAGCAAUGCGGAUGCCUAUGUUUUUCUCCUGUUUUAAUUUCUCCCCUCAUUUCUUUUUUUUUUUUUUGGGUUUUCUUUUUGGCACACAAGCGAGUUGCUGACAUUUGCCUGGAGCACAAGCAAGCGUAGAUGAGAAAAUUGUGUGAGGCCUGUGCCCAGAAGUGCCUUCCGAUUCAGAGAAAGAGAAAAAAAUCGUCAAAUGUACCUUCUUCCUUCUUCAAGGUCAUGAUUGGCCCCGAUUUUUCUCAAGUUUUGUAUCUGCCUCCUAAAUUUGGUCGCACAGCGUCAACCCUGGUUGACGAAGAAGCCAUUGUUGAGGAUUCGAGUGGACAACGAUGGACGGUACAAAUAUCAGUUGUGGAUAAUUCUUAUGCUUUUCACGAGGGAUGGAAUGCUUUUUCGUUGGAUCAUGGGCUUGAAGUUGGACACUUUUUGGUGUUCCAUUACAUGGGAAGAUCACACUUUGUUGUUGAGAUUUUUGAUAAAUCUGGGUGUGAAAAGGUUGAUUUUCCCGGGCGGAGGAAGCAGAAGAAGAGAAAAAAGAUCAGAAUUGACCUUGAUGCUAGCGAGGAAUUGUUAAACAGACAAGGUUUAUUAUCCUCGGAGUCAGAUGCGGAAAAAGUGCAAAGCCAGGACGAGGUUGUUGGAGCAAACAGUGCAGAAAUUAACGAAGAGAAAACCUCAGAAAAGAGGAUCCAAUCUUUGUACCAAGACAAAACCUUUGAAGAUCCUUGUUACUUGAAAGACCAAGACAUUGAAGACAAAGAAAGAGAGAACAGGAGUCCUAUGUUUGAUGUCAGGUAUGAAAUAUUGAACAAUUCAGGUGCUCACAGGACCGGCAAAAUUACAGGCAGCAAUGAAAUAGUUGUUACAAACAUCUAUACCCAAGAUCCUUUGCUUGAAGAGAUGAUGGUUAAUAAUGGAGCAAAUCAAGAUCCGUUUGAAGUUGAAGUAACAAAAAGAAGUCAUUUUCUUGAAGAGUUAGACAGGAGUACAUUACAUCCUUGUGGAGCCAAGAUUCCUGAGCAUCUUUUGAUCCCAUGUACCGUGCAACAUGAAGAAACCAGAGUAAACAAUCUCAUCAUGCCCAACUGGGAAGACCAAAAGUGCCAAUUUGCUGAGAACUCAGAGACCAAGCAAUUAUUGAUAUCGAAAGAUGAAUAUCCUUUGCACGCUGGCAAUUGUGAGGAUACCAAAGAGAUGAUCGCUGGGUUGCAUGUGUCCCUGGAUGCUGCUCCUAUGUGCAAUGUUACAGUGGAAAUGGAGAGAAUGUUUCAAAAAGAGCUCCUGGACAUGACUUCAGAUAUGUGCAGUCACAAUGAUAAAAUCCGGUCAAUUAUUGGAGAUCAAGGCAGCAAUUUCAGUUCAGUGAAAGCUGAACCUUCUGACUAUGGAUAUGCCCACAUGCCUGCGUUCAUGUCAGAGAUAGAGGGUAAAGACAAUGUGACUGGGGAUGCUCGUUCAGGAUCCUGGGAGGAGACAAAGGCCGAUCCUUUACCAUAAGCCAUUGAACUUAAGAAAUCUGCACAAGUGGAUGUAAGUAAUAUUAACCAGGACAUAUGUGCACUUUUGGGCAAGAGGAGUCAUUGUGUAUCUUUUUGGUUGCUGUAGAUAGGGCAAAAAUACCAUGUUUUGUGUUACAGGUUCAAACUUGUGCUAUGUAUAUGGGUCUGUUUGUGAGUUGUGUGUAUGUACAAGACAGAGAAUCUUCUCCCAAUCCCUCAAUUUCCUUUUUUUUUUUUGGGUAUCAAUAAUAAUCAAUCUCCAUCUCUUGAUCAUUUCUUCA